UUGACGAGGGUUACGUGGCCUGACCCUUUGAUAUUAAGUGGAUUUGUCACUGCACAGGACUUUCUUCUUUAAUUAACAAUGGCUGAGCCGCCUAAAGUUACCAAGUUCCUGGCUCAGUUGCCCAUCGAAGAGAAGUCACUUUUCCUCGAUUCUUUCCACACUAUUCAAACGGACUGUGACGGCGUAUUGUGGCACCUGGGCGAUUCAUUUUCCGGCGUUGACCGAGCCAUACGUGCGCUUCGGGCCAGUGAGAAAAAGAUUCUGUUUGUUUCGAACAACAGUGUCCGUACGAUGGAGGAUUAUCGUAAGAAACUGGGCAAAUUGACGGACUUCACCGUCACAGAUGACGAUAUCAUUCACCCGGGCAAACUGAUCAUCCAGUAUCUGCGAGAUAAAAAAUUCGGACAAGCGCUUUGUUACGUGAUAGGGAGCGCCAAUUUGAAAAAAGAUCUUCGCGAAGCCGGCUUCAAUAUAAUCGACGGACCCAACGAUCCGGUUCCGGAAACGGUCGCGAAGAUAAUUCCGAUCAUCAACGACAAGCAGCCGGUGAAAGCCGUGAUUGUAGACUUCGAUUUCAACUGCAACAACAUCAAGUUGUUGCGGGCUCAGCUAUAUCUGCAGCAUGACGACGAUUGUUGGUUUAUCGCGGGGGCAAUGGACAAAUCGCUUCCAGUCGGUUCACGGACGCGCCUGAUCGGUCCCGGCUGGUACAUCGAAACACUUCAGAACCAGGCGGACAGAAAACCUAUCGUUCUAUCAAAGCCGGGACGCGAUAUGAGCAGAUUGAUGAGGCAGCUCUAUCCGGUUGAGGACACGCGCCGAGUGCUAUUUAUCGGUGACCAACCGGAACUAGAUAUCAAGUAUGGAAGCCUUUCCGGCUUUCAAACUUUGCUGGUAGGCACCGGCGGUGUGAAACAGGCAGACCUGAAGAACCUACAGCACGACCAGGAUCUCAUUCCCGAUUACUACAUCGACGAGUUUGCGAGCCUCGAGAAAAUCGUACUCGAAGUGAAGGCACACAAGGCACAAAAGAACAAAUCUGUGCUGUGAAUCACGGCAUUGUCGAAAGAAUUAUUCGUUCGCUCCAGAGCGACCAGAUGUUAUCGGAAGAUGUUAUCGUUGGUGGGUGGUAGAAGCGUCAACGUUCCUUAAUUCAUGUUCCAGUUUUGUGUGGACAGCUAAUCUCGAUAGGCGUGCAUGAAGAUGUAUUCAUGGAUCGCGUCGCAUUUACACUACAAAGAAACACCAUUUCGCAUUUGUAAUCUUAUCGUAGGACGAGCAAGCGAAACAACCUGGGAAAUCC